GGUUUUUACGAGCUAGGCUAUGGCGGAGAGCGGCGAUGGAGUAGGAGGUGGAGGCGCCGCGACGCCCUUCGACGCCGCUCACGUCGCCGAGGUCAAGGCAUGGAUCACCAGCACUUUCGAGGCGGUGAAUCGAGAGGUACCGGCAUUCGAGUACACGCCGCGCACCGUCGCGCAUCUCCACGGCCUGGCAACCCUAUCGCAGAAUCGCACGCAGGUAGUGGGGAUUGUGGCGGCCGAUCUGCGGCAGAAGGCAGCGGAGUUUCGAGCGGAAGGUGCGUCUGCCAGAGUGAGGGAAAUUCUGGACUGCGCGGGCUUGGCGCAGGAGAAUUUCUCGCAGAGUGGAGUGGCUGCCGCUCAGACGCUUGCAACAGCCGCCCAUUUGCUGGAUCUUAAAGACACCGAGACCGGAAGCUUCUUGAUAGCCAUGGCAGACCUCUCCCUUAAGAAAACCGACAUUGAAGAGAAGCGCGCGGCGGUAAAGAAAGAGUCGAAAAUGCUCCUCGACAACACGCGAAAAGCCAUUUCCAGAUUGACAUAUCUAAAGAGAACUCUUGGACAGCUCGAAGAGGAAGUGGCCGCACGAGAUGGACUCAUGGGACAGUGGGAGACAAACCUAAAGGUGAUGGCCUCCAAAGAGCGCCAAUACUUGCAACAGCUUGCCAACUACAAGGCAAUCCUUUCCCGUGUGGGAUACACACCCGAGAUCAGCCACGGCGUGUUAAUGCAAAUGGUUGAGCACCGAAAGGACCUGGAGAGAAAAACAAAGCCAAUCCUCGACACCCUGCGGAGCUACCAGGAUUUGCCGCCGGACAAAGCUCUCGCCGAGCUCGCGAUUGAAGACAAGCGAAGAGAGUACGAGGCCGCGGAGAAGCAUCUCGAAGAGGCGCUCCAGUCGGCCUUAAACACAACAAAUGACUAGCGCGGACUUGCGGGGUAUCUCGUUUGUUUUCACUCUUCUGUACCGAUUUCAUGAUUCCAGGCAGAUCACGCAGAGCUUUUAUACGCUCUAAGUCACGAUCAUCCAGCAGGACAGCUUCACGCUCUCUGAUCUUGGCUCUCAGCAACUGGAUCAAACUUUAUGAGAGUUUGCGCUAUCGAGCUCGACACCUGUUCUUCCUUCUGGGUGAUAAAGCGGAGCGCACUAAAAAUCUCCAUUUUGCU